AUGUUCCAGGUGAAUGAAAACCAACACGAAGAAUUGAAGACUCUUCGGCGAGAGAUCAAAUCGUUCUUUGCGAAGUUGUCGUGCUUUCUGUUACCGCAUCCAGGCAUGAAAGUGGCAACGAGCCCCGAGUUCAACGGUAAAUUGUCAGACAUAGACGCGGAGUUCAAGAAGCAGCUGAAAGACCUCGUGCCAAUGUUGCUGGCACCGAAGAACUUGAAGCCUAAGGUGAUGUCGGGAGAGACGCUGAAGGCGAAGGAACUGUUCCACUACAUUAAGGCUUACAUGGAAGUGUUCAAUGGAAGUGAAUUACCAGUUCCUCAGACCAUUCUAGAAGCCACGGCGCAGGCCAACAACCUGUCGGCGGUGGCGGAGGCGCGCGAGGUGUACGAGACGCUGAUGGAGGAGGCGGCGGGCGGCGCGCGCCCCUACCUGCCGGCCGACGCGCUCGCGCGCGAGCACCGCCGCGCCCGCGACAAGGCGCUGCACAGCUUCCACGCCAGGAAGAAGAUGGGCGGCGACGCGAAGGCACAGACUUAUGAGGAACAGCUCAUUCAGGAACUAGAAGAAUACUUCGAAAGGCUGCGCGCUCAAAACGAAAGCAAGAACAUAAUGAAUAUGAUCAAAACACCGGUGGUGUUUGCGGCGGUGCUGGUGUUGGGCUUCGUGGUGAGCGUGGUGGCGGACGCCGUGGCGUUGGGGCCGCUCAGGCUCGUCGGCCACGUGCUGUCGCUCGCCGCCUUUGUCAUGCUUUCCAUCUGGGGUUAUAGCAGGUUCACGGGACACUUACGGGAUACCAGUGAGCAGUUGGACAAAAUAGCGAUGACGCUACGGAAUUAUAUUAUCCAAAAUAUAUCACCAUCGGGAAGGCUUCCGGAAGCAAUGACAACAGAAGACAACCACAAAAGAGAAUAA